AUGAAUGAAGGCCUGGGGGAAGGGAGGUGGCAGCUCCUGCCCCAGCAGGCCAGGCUGUUCUCCCAGAGCCUCAAUUUGCCCGUCUGUCGUGGGCCGGUCCUGGGCGGACCUGCAGAGGCUGACCAUGUGGAGGCUGCCAUCCUCGAGGAAGAUGAGGGUCUGGAGAUAGAGGAGCCCAGCGGCCUGGGGCUGAUGGUGGGUGGCCCCGACCCUGACCUGCUCACCUGUGGCCAGUGUCAGAUGAACUUCCCCCUGGGGGACAUCCUGGUUUUUAUAGAGCACAAGAAGAAGCAAUGUGGCGGUAGCCUGGGUACCUGCUACGACAAAGGCCUGGACAAGGGCAGCCCGCCCCCCUCCUCGCGCUCCGAGCUCAGGAAAGUAUCCGAGCCGGUAGAGAUCGGGAUCCAGGUCACCCCUGACGAAGAUGACCACCUGCUCUCACCCACGAAAGGCAUCUGCCCCAAGCAGGAGAACAUUGCAGGGCCGUGCAGGCCUGCCCAGCUGCCAGCGAUGGCCCCUAUAGCUGCCUCCUCCUCCCUCCCUCACACAUCCGUGAUCACUUCACCUCUGCGGGCCCUGGGCACACUCCCGCCCUGCUUCCCGCUGCCCUGCUGCAGCGCACGCCCGGUGUCGGGCGACGGGACUCAGGGUGAGGGUCAGACGGAGGUUCCCUUUGGAUGCCAGUGUCAGUUGUCAGGUAAAGAUGAGCCUUCCAGCUACAUUUGCACAACAUGCAAGCAGCCCUUCAACAGCGCGUGGUUCCUGCUGCAGCACGCGCAGAACACGCACGGCUUCCGCAUCUACCUGGAGCCCGGGCCGGCCAGCAGCUCGCUCACGCCGCGCCUCACCAUCCCGCCGCCGCUCGGGCCCGAGGCCGUGGCGCAGUCCCCGCUCAUGAAUUUCCUCGGCGACAGCAACCCCUUCAACCUGCUGCGCAUGACGGGCCCCAUCCUGCGGGACCACCCGGGCUUCGGCGAGGGCCGCCUGCCCGGCACGCCGCCGCUCUUCAGCCCGCCGCCGCGACACCACCUGGACCCGCACCGCCUCAGCGCCGAGGAGAUGGGGCUCGUCGCCCAGCACCCCAGUGCCUUCGACCGAGUCAUGCGCCUGAACCCCAUGGCCAUCGACUCGCCCGCCAUGGACUUCUCGCGGCGGCUCCGCGAGCUGGCGGGCAACAGCGCCACCCCGCCGCCCGUGUCUCCGGGCCGCGGCAACCCUAUGCACCGGCUCCUGAACCCGUUCCAGCCCAGCCCCAAGUCCCCGUUCCUCAGCACGCCGCCGCUGCCCCCCAUGCCCCCCGGCGGCACGCCGCCGCCGCAGCCGCCCACCAAGAGCAAGUCGUGCGAGUUCUGCGGCAAGACCUUCAAGUUCCAGAGCAAUCUCAUCGUGCACCGGCGCAGCCACACGGGGGAGAAGCCCUACAAGUGCCAGCUGUGCGACCACGCGUGCUCGCAGGCGAGCAAGCUCAAGCGCCACAUGAAGACGCACAUGCACAAGGCGGGCUCGCUGGCCGGCCGCUCCGACGACGGGCUCUCGGCCGCCAGCUCCCCCGAGCCCGGCACCAGCGAGCUGGCCGGCGAGGGCCUCAAGGCUGCCGACGGCGACUUCCGCCACCACGAGAGCGACCCCUCGCUGGGCCACGAGCCGGAGGAGGAGGACGAGGAGGAGGAGGAGGAGGAGGAGGAGCUGCUGCUGGAGAACGAGAGCCGGCCCGAGUCGAGCUUCAGCAUGGACUCGGAGCUGAGCCGCAACCGCGAGAACGGCGGCGGCGUGGUGGCCGGCGUGGUGGCCGGCGUGAACGGGCGCGGCGGCGGCUUCGCGCCGGGCACCGAGCCCUUCCCGGGCCUCUUCCCGCGCAAGCCCGCGCCCAUGCCCAGCCCGGGGCACAACAGCAAGCGCAUCAAGGUGGAGAAGGACCUGGAGCUGCCGCCCGCCGCGCUCAUCCCCUCGGAGAACGUGUACUCGCAGUGGCUCGUGGGCUACGCGGCGUCGCGGCACUUCAUGAAGGACCCCUUCCUGGGCUUCACGGACGCGCGCCAGUCGCCCUUCGCCACGUCCUCCGAGCACUCGUCCGAGAACGGCAGCCUGCGCUUCUCCACGCCGCCCGGGGACCUGCUGGACGGCGGGCUGUCGGGGCGCAGCGGCACGGCCAGCGGGGGCAGCACCCCGCACCUGGGCGGCCCGGGCCCCGGCCGGCCCAGCUCCAAGGAGGGCCGGCGCAGCGACACGUGCGAGUACUGCGGCAAGGUGUUCAAGAACUGCAGCAACCUGACGGUGCACCGGCGGAGCCACACCGGCGAGCGGCCUUACAAGUGCGAGCUGUGCAACUACGCGUGCGCGCAGAGCAGCAAGCUCACGCGCCACAUGAAGACGCACGGGCAGAUCGGCAAGGAGGUGUACCGCUGCGACAUCUGCCAGAUGCCCUUCAGCGUCUACAGCACCCUGGAGAAACACAUGAAAAAGUGGCACGGCGAGCACUUGCUAACUAACGACGUCAAAAUUGAGCAGGCGGAGAGGAGCUAAGCGCACGCGCACGAGCGCGCGCCGGGCGCACCUGUACAGCGGCGCCUGACUUGCCUCCGCGUCACCGCCAGCGAGCGCCCUGCCCCUGCGUGUCCCUGGGGCGCAGGGGAGGCGGCACCCCAACCUAACCUGUGUCUGCGAAGUCCUAUGGAAACCUGAGGGUGGAUUAAGGCAGUAAAAAUUGUGGAGCCUUUUAACUGUGCAAUAAUUUCUGUAUUUAUUGGGUUUUGUAAUUUUUUUGGCAUGUGCAGGUACUUUUUUUUUUUAUUAUUAUUCUUUCUGUUAAAAGUUCCUUUAAAAGAUUUUGUUGGGUAUCCAUCCCUUCUUCCUUUUUUUUUUUUUUUUUUAACCCAGUAGUCUGAGCAAUGACUCGCAAGCAAUGUAGAUGGGAAGCAUAUCUUUUAAAUUAUAAUUUUUUUUGGGGGGAGGGUGCUGCUUUUUUGAAAUUUAAGCUAAGCAUGUGUAAUUUCUUGUGAAGAAGCCAACACUUAAAUGACUUUUAAAGUUGUUUACUUUUUUAUUCCUUCCCCCCUCUUUUUUUUUGGUGUUUUGUUUUUUGGUCCUAAAAUAAAACGUGGCAUGCAUUUUUUUGGGUUUUGUUUUUUAGGGGGGGUGUGGAUGUACAGCGGAUAACAAUCUUUAAAAUCGUAGCACUUUGUUUCGGAAUUGGAACGGACAUGUAGCACUGACGACAGCCCCAGAGGCCUUUUCUGUGUUGGUUUCAACUGUUGCGUUGUACUAAGGGAAACUUGCAGUGGGAGGCAUUGGGGGAGGCACCCCGCAAACCAAGCAGGGUUUCUAGGCUGCUCUGGGGCUCACAGGUGUGCAUUACCAGCAGAUACUGCCAUUUCUUGGCAUGUUGAUGCCCCGGAUGCCAGCUCUGCAGAUUCAGCUGCAUUAAAUGGGCCGAGGGUACUUAUUACUGGGUAGGUGGUGGUGCCCUGCGGUGACACAGCAAGGACGCGUCCCCUGGUGUUCUUCCAGGCUUCUGACUUAACCACUGCUCUUUCUCACCCCCAUGCUCUGAUUCCCAAGUGUAUGUUGCUACACGUGGUAACUGACCAUCCACUUCUCAAGCAGAUGAGAAAACGGGAGGUUAGUGUCCUCUCGGGCCAUGCACACUGGUGACCUGGUAGAGACGGGGGUAGUGGGGGAACGUUGCAAAUUUCUGCUCCCUUUGCCUGGAGAAGCGGGAAGAGUCCCAUCCGGAGGUGCCCAGCGCUAUUUCCCAAUUUUUUUUUUUUCUCCGAUUAGGUUGGAAGGUCCUAAACGUUGGACUCUUAGGAUUAGACGUUUGAAUUCUGUUGACCCGCACUUUAAAGCUUUUGUUUGCAUUUAAAUUAAAUGGCUUCUAAACAAGAAAUUGCAGCAUCUGCUCUUUGGCCCAGAGGUGGGUUAAACUGUAAGGGACAGCUGAGAUUGAGUGUCAGUGUUGCUAAGCGUGGCAUUCACAAUACUGGCACUAUAAAGAAGAAAGUAAAAUAAUAAUUUAUUGGACAGUUUUUCUACUGCCAUUCAAUUAGAUGUGAGUGCCUUGAAAACUGAUCUUCCUAUUUGAGUCUCUUGAGACAAAUGCAAAACUUUUUUUUUGAAAUGAAAAGACUUUUUAAAAAAGUAAAACAAGGAAAGUACAUUCUUUAGAAACAAACAAAGCCACACUUACUUUAAUUUAAAAAAAAAAAAUCCUGGUUUGAAGAUAGAGGACAUGAGACCCAGUCAAAUGAAGAAUUAAACCCAGCACAACCGUGGACAUCCAUUAGCUGAAUUAUCCUCAGCCCCUUUUGUUUUUUGGGACAACAACGCUGCUUAGAUAUUGGAGUGGAGGUGAUUUACUGCUGAAUUAAAACUCAAGUGACACAAGUCGAUAUUGUUGAAUGAAAAACAAAACAGAAAACAAUUCAGGAGCAACGGCUAAUUUUUUUCUAAAGUUAAAUUUAGUGCACUCUGUCUUAAAAAUACGUUUACAGUAUUGGAUACAUACAAGGGUAAAAAAAAAUUGUGUGUAUGUGUGUUGGAGCGAUCAUUUUCUUUUUCAAAGUUUGCUUAAUAGGUUAUACAAAAAUGCCACAAUGGCUGCGUGUAUAUUGUUUUUUUUGGUGACGGG